AUGGGGGAGCCACAGUACGCCACGAACCCCGACCUUCAGCUGUCGCAACACAUCUUCCACAUCACGAACCCGUACUCGUCCAAAGCCACCCAGGAAUCGUCGCUGAAGAUUCUCCAAGAUGCCAUCAAGGAACACAAAAUGGCGCCCCUGUACCGCCACCUGGCGCACCCCUCGGAGGGCAUUUUGAACGCUCCUGGCGAAGGCUCCACCCAGCAGCCGGUCCGCCCGAGGAGAGCGUCUUCCAGCAUGGGAAGCUUGCUCGCCCCCACCAAGCAGCCGGCCUUGAACGUCACUCUACCAUGGGAUGAGAAGCUCUUCGAGGAGCUGAAGGCAGACAAUGAGAAGGAACUGGAAGCUAUACAGAAGGAGGAGGACGAGGCGGUCGAGAAGGCUGGUGAGACCGAGAUUCAGACGGCACGAGGCAAGAGGGCAGAGUUCUGGACGCGUGUUGGAGACAAGGACAAAGCGAUCGCAGCAUACGAAGCUGUCUUCGAAAACACGGGAAUCCUCGGCAGCAAGAUUGAUAUCGUUCUUGCCAUUGUCCGCGUUGGCCUCUUCUUCGGCGACAAGAUCCUCGUCAAGAAAUCAGUGGAGCGCGCGACCGCGCUGGUUGAGAGCGGUGGUGACUGGGAUCGCCGCAACCGCCUCAAGGCCUACUCUGGUCUGCACUACCUCACCGUCCGCAGCUACAACCAGGCCGCGCCGCUGCUGCUCGACAGUCUGUCCACAUUCACGAGCUACGAGCUUUGCAGCUACUCCAACCUCGUCAUAUACGCCGUGCUCGCUGGUUCCGUCUCCCUAAAGCGUGUGGAUUUCAAGUCCAAGGUUGUUGAUGCACCGGAAAUCAAGGCAAUUCUCGGGGAUGGUGAGGAGAAGCUUUCCGCGCUGACAGGUGCUGUCUCGUCAGGCCCUGCAGCUGGGGACGAGGAGAAGCCCGAGGGCAAGGCAACCGCCGCCACUCCCUCAGCAGCUGCGGUCAACCUUACGACAUUGGGUCAGACGAGCGCGGAUACAGAGGCGCAGAUUGACUUCAGCCCGCUCGCAAAUCUCGUCAACAGCUUGUACCAGGGCAACUACCGUAAUUUCUUCCUCGCUCUAGCUGCAGUUGAGGAGAACUUCCUCAGCAAGGAUCGCUACCUGUACGAGCACCGCGGCUGGUUUGUCCGCGAGAUGCGCCUGCGCGGCUAUCAGCAGCUCCUCCAGAGCUACAGGGUUGUCGGUCUCCAGAGCAUGGCCAACGACUUCGGAGUUUCGGUGGAUUUCCUCGACAAGGAUCUCUCGAAGUUCAUUGCGGCAGACCGCGUGCCCUGCACCGUAGACCGUGUUCGCGGCAUCAUCGAGACGAACCGACCCGACGACAAGAACAAGCAAUACAACGACGUGGUCAAGCAGGGCGACCAGCUGAUCACCAAGCUCCAGAAGUACGGGCAGACGGUCAGGCUCCGGGGCAGCGAACGGGGUUGA